AUGUUCAAGAAAGAAGUGGUGGUAGAUGGCAGAGGACACCUCCUUGGACGCCUUGCUUCAAUCAUCGCAAAAGAGCUUCUUGCUGGCCAACAUAUCACAGUUGUUCGUUGCGAUGAGCUCAACGUGACAGGACAUAUGGCUUUAAACCGCAUCAAGUACAUGACUUACCUCCGCAAGAGAAUGAAUACAAAUCCAAAGCGUGGCCCUUUCCACUUCAAGUCCCCUGCAAUGAUGUUCCUGAAAGCUGUAAGAGGAAUGGUUCCAAGAAAAACUCCUAUUGGACAAGCUGCACUUGACAGGCUUAAAGCUUUUGACGGCGUUCCUCAUCCUUAUGACACUAAAAAGAAAAUGGUCGUCCCUGAUGCCCUGAGAGUCUUAAAACUAGGACCUACCAGAAAAUACACUGUGCUCGGAGAAUUAGCUGCUAAGAUUGGAUGGAAACACAAGGAACUGAUUGAUAAACUGGAAAAUAAGAGAAAAGAAAGAGCGAAAGGUUGGUACCAGACUAAGCUCGAUAAACAAGAAGCAAAAGCUCAGGCUGCUGAUAGGCUUAAAGAUGGACCUUUAGCUGGAGUCUUGCAAAAUUUAGAAGCUCUUGGGCAUUAA